AUGAAGUCCUCUGCAACUUUCGAGAAAAACCCGUCUCCGUCCCUUUCCGAGGUCUCAAGUCUCUCAGACGCCCUAGACAGAUCAAAGAGGGUGGAGCGAAUGGUGAUCAAAGAGGGAUAG